AUGGCAAGCGAUCAGAACACGGCAGUAACACCAAGUCAGGCAAUGAUAACCAGCAACCCAUUGCUGGAAACGAGUUCGGUAGCCACCACCAUGCCAGUUUCACCUGCUGUGACCAGGUCUCUCGACUUGGAAUUCGAAGUAGAAGCACCACCAGGGUUUGCAAACACCUCUGCUGCUUCUUAUGGGAUAACAGCAGCAGACCCCUUUUCAUACACCUCCUGGCAGUUGCGAUCAGUGGUACCGACCACAAUAGACACCAAUGUCUCCACCCCAGCAUCAACCACGAGUGCACAGACUAUACGUCAUAGCACUAUGCCUGUUAUCACGUCCGCGGGCCCAAAUAUUACUACACCGCAGAUAAGCAUGGCACAAUACUAUCAGCCCUCGGCUACAUACACCAUGCCGCCUUUGUACUCAGCAGCAUUAACGGCGGCAUUGUCCACACCACCACACCAGCCAGUCAUCAUGCCUGCAGGGAUCAUGAACGCCUCGGUCACGCCGGGGAAUCAAGCUUACUUCCCAGGUUACUACUAUGCACCCCCAUACGGGUAUUUACCCCAGUACAAUACUCAAACAUAUACUCCACAGAUGGCAGCACAGAGUUACGCUCAGCAGUCGCCAUACGCGGCCUAUAUGCCACCUUGGUGGACUUUCCCAACAUCACAACUGGCUUACAGUCAACCCCCGCCUACGGCGGAACCUGUUUAUGACAUAGGAAACGCAUCAAGGCCUCGUUUUUCCCCAAACGGGGGACCCAGCGCUACACUGAACAUCACCUCGGCCCAACCCCCUAUCACUCAGGGAACCAGCCAGGGCGAAGCAACCCCUCCAGUACAACCCAUUAAUGUUGAUGUAACACCCCGUGUUUCGAAAGUCAAAGUCAAAGGCAAGAUUGAAUUCAAAGGAAGAAAAGAUUGCUAA